UUGGGCUAGUGGGGAAGUCUUCUGGUAUUAAGACAGGUGUCUGAAACGGUUCUUGACACUCACGAAACGUCGAUCUUGAUUAAAAAGCUCUAGGGUCCUGGGGGUUUGGCUGAUCUCAAGUUUUUUCUGUGUUUCUGACUCACUGACUUUAUGAAUGACUGCAGUCUUGAAGUGUCCUCAUUGAGUUGAAGCGAAUCUUACAUCCAGCCAAUAGGUAUUGAUAGAUUCAUCUAUAUCUAGAUUUCUUGAAAAUGCCGGACGUCAACGCGAAACUUGCAGCUGACGUAGUUGCCAAGGUCUCACCCGAUGACAAAAAGGCAGAUGCUGGGAGUGUCACUAAAGACGCAAAUGAGCAGACUGCGGCUCGUGUCGCAGACGGUGAAGACGCAAAUGAGAAGACUCCAGCUCUUGCAGACGACGAGAAGGCAGCAUCAGAUGGAAAGAAGAGGGAGACCAAGAGCGCUCCGAAGAAAAUUGCAAUGAAAAAAGCAAUGAGGAAAGCCGCUACAGGUGGUAAGAAAAGCGCAAGUAAAGAUGGUCGUGAUGCAGAGGACGAGGGCGACGAUCUUGGAAGCAGUGGUGGCAGUGCUGACGCACAAGGAGAAUUGGAAGAGGGAAAAGACGGGCCACCUGCCGUUCCCGAAGUGAUCACUGCGAUGGACCUGAUGAAGCGUCCCGCUGCACAGGAGGAUGAGGUUGCGCCAGCACCAGAGAAAAAGUUACGGAAUACAUAUAGUGAAAAAACUAGUAUAGUUCUAGAGUGGCUGGGUAGUCACAGUCAGACAGAUGUUGUUUGUUUAUAAAGAAUAUAAAGCUCUUUGGUCUUCCUGGGUCGAUCGCAUUUUAUCAGGGUUGAGGACAUACUUUUAGACAAACACUAUGAAUCAUGAUGCUCUAACGCGAAAGCCACGAAACAAGGACACAGAGGAUGGCCGUCCGCCGAUGAUCCAGCCCAGAAUAACGGACUUCGCAAGCAUAAAUGAUUUGAUCUGAAGAUUGAUGCUUUAAGUCGAAGGAGAAAUUUUCGCAUAGAGAUUGAAGACAGGUGCCCUGGAUUCCAAAAUCCAUAUUUUUUCCAGUUCUCUGAGUUUGAAGUUCUUGCUAGAAUCCAGCUCGCGAAGUAAGUUGAUACACGUGAUUUAUGAUUUGACAACCCAAUCAUCCGUCCCCCUUUCCACAAAAGACUACUCAUGAACAUGAUUUGCGCCUAAGACUUGCUUGAAGUUGGAACUGCUCUGUUCUUCAUUGUCAACGGUCUCUGACGAUGCGAAUUGGAAAGCACACAGAGUCAG